AUGGUAGAAUAUUCCAUCAAUUUAUUUCCUCUUUUAUCUUCUCUUCCUUUUGAGGCUUCCAAAAACUCAAAAACAUUAUCAUCAAAAUUAAAACCCUAAAAGCUGCCGUCUUCUCGUGCCGUAGAAUUUCACCAGAAUGUCUACUAGAGGAGGCGGAGCGUCGUCGGACGACGGAAUCCUGUCCCGUGUUUCCACCUCCGUUUCCCAGUCACCCAUCGUGUACCGCGGCAAGAAAGCGGCUUUUGAUACCGCCUACGUCGCAAAGAAGCUCCUGAAGAGCACCGGAAAAGCCGCGUGGAUUGCCGGCACCACCUUCCUCGUGCUCGUCGUGCCUCUGAUUAUAGAGAUGGACCGCGAGCAGCAGCUCAACGAGCUUGAGUUGCAGCAGGCUAGCUUGCUCGGCGCGUCCAAGUAAUUCGACGCCCUAAAUAAUUUGGUUCCGGAUUUUCAGGUCAGAUGGAUUUGAUUACAGGAACCGAUUGUCUUCUUUCUUUUUUCGGCAAACUCUGAGUAUGGAUUUCAGUAUUUAGGGAUUCUUAAACCUCUGUACCGUGGUUGUAAUACGGAAGUCAUAGUUAUCUUCUAUAGAAUUUGAUUGCUAUGGUUUUUAAGUUUAAUGUUUUUAAAUUUGGAUUUGAAAUCCAUGCCGUGAGCUUGUUCUUUUUUUUCUAAGUCGUUUUGAUAUAUCGGGAUUAGAAUUAA